ACUAUACAUAAAAAAUGUUGCGCGCAUCGAAUAAUAAUCUGCGGCGUUUUUACUAAAAUGUAGAACCCGAACAUGUCGCUUUUUCGUCAAGGCACGCUGAUUAGGCCUGGUGCUAUCAAGGAGGCGGUUUUAUCUGCAUACCGACCAGAGCCGAAAGAAUCCGAGCCAGAGGACCCAUUUGGCGAUAUUUUUAGCUUUAAUUUGCCAAAACAUCGAGACAUUCUCUUCCGGGAAACUUGCCAGUAUUGCAUUCUUCCAAGUCCUAUACUGGGCAUACUGACACUCACCAGGGAAUCUCUGACGUUUGAACCUGAUGUAAGGGAUUUCAAUGUCCAUGAAAAGGGCCCCGGAUACUAUCAGGUCCAUAUCGACGUGGAGAAUAUACUGGAAUGCGGAUGUAUAGGUGGGCCAUCGCAGGAACUGGUUGGAGCAGAGGAUAUACGUUGCAAUGGAUUCCUUCAGAUUGUAGUAAAACCAACAACGGACAGUACUGCAUCUGAUUUGAGCUCCAUCGACUCUUCCGCCUUUGGUGGCUUCGACAUUAGCGCCAGAUCCGAUACCCCGGGAUCCCAGGAACGAAACCAGAGACCAAGAUCCUUCCUUUCGUCCGGAUGGUCAAGGCUUGGUUCAGUAGUAACAUCGGUAAUCACAUUCAACCUGCUCAAAAGUAGGUCUUCUGGAUCAGGCGUCCCAAGGACGACGACAACAUCAGCAAGGGAAUCAAUGCACACGUCAGUACUAUUUGGGUAUUAUAAAAAGGAUGUAGCAUACAAAUGCACAAGUCUCUUGAUGGAUCUGUUGGAUUCGUACAGGAAUGAGACAAUUGUAACUAAUCGCAGUGGAAUCACACGCAUACCAUUUUCAAGUAAUCGUCUAAUUGAAAGUUGGAAUGUUUCAAACAAAAAGGCAAAAGCCACGGACGUAAAGCUCGUCUCUGAUGUUUUGGCAGACUCUUCUUACUAUGAAACGAUCGCUAAAAAUAGCAACAUAUUGACUUCCUAUAUGCUCGAGAGGCUCACUGAGAGACUGCCGCCGAGUAUAGCAAUCAGAGAAUGGGUCCUAUCAUUCAAAACGGAUCAUGAUGGUAUAUCUUUCAACACGUUUUACAAGAAUUUGGAAGACAAGGAAAAUUGCCUACUCCUCAUACAGGAUACAGGAGGAGCAGUAUUUGGAGCCUUUACAGGUCCAAUACACUACAAUGUCCGAUUUUAUGGAUCUGGCGAGACAUUUGUCUUCAAGUUUUUGCAGAACGAGCUCAAGGUGUACACUUCUCAGGGUAAUAACCGCUGUUUUGUCUUCACCAAUGACGAUUCAAUCAUCAUUGGUGGAGGUAGGAAUCCAGCUAUUUCUGUCGGUAAAGAUUUCUUAUUCGGCACGUCUGCUGCUAGUGAGACCUUUAAUAAUGAGCAAUUGUCAACAACGCCGAGUUUCGCCAUACGGUUUAUGGAGGUUUGGACGUUUGGCACUUUUGUAACAUAA